AUGUCAGGAAGCGCCACCAUCACUACAACCUCCAGCAGUUCUUCUUCCGGUGCCUCUUCUGGAGGAACGCCAACUAGUCAGGCAUCAUUGCCUCAAUUGCCUUCAGUCUCCAGUCGAGAUGUCGCCUCUUCGGAGGAUUCUGGACAGGCGUCUGGCACAUCCGCAAUCUCGCUGCUUGCAAGCGACAACAUAUCACCCAGUGAAACUGCCAACAGCGUGGCCAGCAAGAUCCCUACUGUCAUCUCAACUUCCCAUAUGGUCGUUGCCAGCUGCUCGAACCCGUCUGCCCAUCUCUCUCCCUGCUCUUCUGCUCUGACCGCAUCGUCCUUCUCUUCUUCGCCCUCCUCUUCUUCUUCCUCUUCUUCUUCAUCUUCCUCUUCCUCUUCUUCCUCUUCUUCUUCCUCUUCCUCUUCCUCUGGGCCCAACCCUCUUGUCUCCGGCUACUCUGCCUCGGUACCCCAAUUGCCGACUGGCGCAUCUCCCGGCACCAUGGGACUUCCCGCCUCCCCGGCCGCCUCUUCGCCCCUCACGCUGGGCUCUCAUGCCGCCGCCGCUGUAGCUGCAGUCGCGGCCGCUGCUGCCGCUGCCGCCGCCCUGUCCCCCUUGACUCCGUCGGCCGCAGCCGCUGCUGCCACUCUCUCAUUGCUCUCCUCAUUGUCGCCGGCCAGUCCCUUCUCUUGUGCUGCGGCCGCAGCGGCUGCCGCUGCAGCUAGCAACGGUGGUUGCGGCGCACUCACCGCCGGCAACAAUACAUCUUCGAGCCUUAACGGUGGUAGCAAUUGUGGCAGUGGUAGACCCACACCUGCGCACACACCCACACACAUACCAAUUCCAUCCGGAGGUUUGGCAUGUUGUAUGGCUCCCGGGGGCCAGCUGCAACACCAGCAUCAACACCAGCAGCAGCAACAACAACAAUCAUUUAAACAAUUUCCCCCUCCUGCUUUCCCUCCACCUCUUCCGCCCCGGCCUCAUUCCCAUCCGCAUCCUCACACUCAGCUGCCACCACCGCAACCACUGCUACUACCGCCCCCUCUCUCACAACUCUCAUCGCUCCCAUCACUCGCGUUGCCACCAACAGGAGGCUUGCAGGCGACAUCUUCAGCCGGAUUCACCGGCGGUGAUCCUGUGUCGUUGCUGAUGCCGGAUGAGGUUGCAUCUCGCUCCACACUCUGCUCCGGCUCGCCCAACUCUAUGGCUGCUGUUGCAGCUGCCGCUGCAGCUGUCUACCGGUAG